GUUUGGAAACAUUCUUGCAGCUGGAAGUGUUCUUAAAGUCAUUCACCUGCUUGUCGUUCCUUCAUUUGCGUCGCGAUGAACUACUCGAGGCAGCAGCCCCCCGCCUAUCGGGACCCGGACUUCUCUGCAGACUUUUCGGAACUGAACUGGCGUCUGCGUCCCAAUCCGCGCAUGAGCGCCACUGAACAGCUUUACUGCUCCCUCAGCAGGUUACCGUCCAAAUCGAGCCGGCGAGUUACCGACAAGCCACUCCGCCGAACUGCUUCGUUCUCGGAGACGGAGGAUGACGGCCCAAGCAUUCCGGACUCUGCCGUCCACUCACGCGUCCCCGACGCGUCCGGUUCCGACGGAGCCCCAGAUCAGGAGCGCUCCGAUUCCCCGUCAUUGGAGGGGGGCGACACCCCCUUCCAGAGGAGCUACGGGACCCUGCCAGAUCUCAUUAACAGCGGCAGGCCGCUCAGCAGGCGCAGGACCGUCGGACAUGUCAAUGACACGCUGAAAGAGGUGCGUCGGGAGGUGGAGCUGUCGCGAAGGCGCAGCAUGAAGCUCAAGGCCCAAGUAGACAAACUGCAGGAGAGCCGACACGGACCCAAAUGGAGUCAAGACCAAGAGCGGGUGACAGAGGAGGUGCUGUCCAUCUUGCGGCUGAUGCAGCUGAUGGUGGAGGACUCGGUGUCCCGCCUCCCUGAGCCGCUUCCCUCCGGCGAAAACCGCUUGGACGCCGCCCUGGCCCAGCUGCAGGACAUUGCCCGUAAAAUGGCCGUCAGCGGGAUCGCUAAAAAGGAUGCCAAGUCGACGGGAGGGAGCGGCUCGGCGGACAGCGCCCUGCUGCAACAGGCGCUGAGGGAUCGAGACGACGCUAUUGAGAAGAAGAAAGCCAUGGAGGCGGAGCUUCUGCGCAGUAAGUCGGAGAUGAUGCUGCUCAACAACCAGCUACUGGAGGCUGCGCAGAAACGCUUGGAGCUCUCACUGGAGCUGGAGGCCUGGAAGGAUGAUGUGCAGCUGCUGUUGAACCAGCAAUUGCUGCUACAGCAGCAGGUGGAUCAGAACCAGAAGAAGCCCUCACGCAUGGGCAUCCUGAGGAGGAACAAGCCGCCAGUGCAGCGGCCUGCCAACUUCCCGGUGGCGCCCGCACCCGCCUCACCCACCUCGCCCGUCUCACCCACGCACAACUCCACCCAGAACCUCUUCAGCCGCCCUCAGCUGUCGCCCACCUCGCCCGCCCAGGCCACCUCCGGUUGGAGGAAGUGGACUAAAAGCAACGGGGGGCGACCUGCAGUGGAGGCGCCCCAGCGCAGGGAAAACGACGGCUUCCAGGUGGUCUCGCUCGACUGACGCGCAAAGAAAAACACCACGGCCAAGUCUACCAACCAGCUGAUUUUAUUCCACGGGCAUAAUAAGCAACACAUGAAUAAUAUUUGAUAACAUGAGAAGGACAACAACAUUACUACAUUAAUCUCUCUCUCUCUUUAGAUUUGUGUGAUCACUUGCUUUGGUUAUGGCUUUGUAAAUAAAUAAUGCCAGUCACCGCA